AUGGCAGUGACACCUCGUUUGACGGGGAUGCAAGAAAAGAAGCUGCAAAAUUAUUUUGGAGGAAAACAAUUUACCCUUCUCUAUAAACCUAGUGUCCAUGAAUUCUCUGGACAUAAUUUGGACAGAUGCUGUGACCAAGGGCCUACUGUGAUGGUGAUUUAUGGUGGACAUUAUGUUUUGGGGGCCUACAUAAAAAAGAGUUACAAGAAAGAUGACAAAGUUCCCAUUGUCCUUCUUGCCUUUCAAGAGAAUGAAAUUUCAGAAUGCAAUAUAGGAACAUAUUCACCAUCAUAUUUCUUUAUGAAUAUCAUAAAGGAUGGGAUGGUUUCAAAUUCCUCCUUAAUCCAAAGCAAAAAAAAAGUGACUAUGAACUUAGAUGCAAUUAAAGAACUUGGACUACUUCAAAAUCAACCUAUUUCCUUUGAGGAAUGUGAAGUUUUUCGUUGUGAAGAUUUAUUGGACGAAAGAAUCAUGAAAGGGAUUACUUAACUCCACAAGAGAUUACUGUUUGACAUGAAAACUUACAAACCACACAGAGACCUUGUUCACCAGAUGCGGAUUCUGCUCCUGGGUCCAAAUGGGGCUAGGAAGUCUAGCUUUUUCAACUCAGUAAAGUCUGUUUUCCGAGGCCAUGUAACGCACCAGGCUCUGGUGGGCUCUGAUACAACUGGAGUAUCUGACAAGUACAGGACAUAUUCCAUUAAGGAUCUGAAGGAUGGCAACUCCCUGCUGUUUAUUCUGUGUGACUCAAUGGGGCUGGGUGAGAAGGAAAAAGGGUUGUGCAUGGAUGACAUAGUCUACAUCUUAAAAGGCCACAUUUCUGACAGAUACCAGUUUAAUUCCACAAAACCAAUCACACCAGGUCAUAGUAACUAUAUUGAUUACCCAUUGCUGAAAGACAGAAUCCAUUGUGUGGCAUUUGUGUUCGACAUCAACUCUGUUGAACACCUCUCCUGUGACAUGACGAAGAUCAAAAAAAUUCAAAGGGAGUUGAUAAAGUGUGGUGUAGCACAUGUGGUUUUGCUCACUCUUGUGGAUAGCAUGGAUCUGAUUACAAGAGGUGACCUUAGAGACAUAUACAGAUGUAUGCCUGUGAAGCUCAAGUUAGAGACAGUCCACAGAGAACUUGGAUUUGCUCUUUCUGACAUCUUGGUGGUUAGUAAUUAUACUUCAGAGUAGGAGUUGGACCAUAAAGACAUUCUGAUCCUCUCUGCCCCGAGACAGAUGCUGUGGGCUGCAGAUGACUUCUUAGAGGAUUUCCCUCUUGAGAAAACAGGGUUCAAGUCCUCCUUUGAUAUUCAGGAUCCUCAGCAGUUUUGGUACUCUUUCUCUGUAAUGAAGGCAUUACGGUCAUAUGGAAUUUUGGGGGAAUACUCUGAGGACAAUCUGUUCCUAGAAUCGACUUCAGCUGCUAAAUAG